AUGGACGACUCGCGCGCGCCGACUAUGGGGCAGGUCGCGGCCUACCGCGCCAUGAAGUUCGCGGAGGAGUCGCGCGAGAGCUGCUGGAAGCGAAGCGUGGUGGCCUGCGUGGCUGGCGCGGCCAUGGGCGUGGGGCUCGGCACGUUCCUCGGCACGUUCGAGGGCGCCCACGGCGAGCUGGUGGGCCGCAACAUGCGCGAGCAGCUCUACAACGGCUUCAGCAAGUCCAUCAAGGCCGGCUACGUGCGCAGCGUCUACUUCUCCAAGGCACGUGAGUUUGCGUUGGUGGGCACCAUCUUCGCCGGCGUGGAGUGCGUGAUCGAGCGCGAGCGAGCAGCCCACGACAUUUUCAACCCCCUCCUGGCCGGCGGAGUGUCAGGCGGCGCACUGGGCGCGUGGGCGGCGCGGAGCUCUGGACCCAAGCUGCUGGUGCAGAACACUGUGAAAGGUGCGGCGGGCUUCGCCGUCAUGGCUGUCGUGUUCGAGAAGGGCAUCGAGUUCAUGACGAACUAG